AUGAUGGAUGAAGAAUUAAAAUGCCCCGUUUGCGGCUCUCUUUUCAAGGAUCCUAUUCUUUUACCUUGCUCGCACAAUGUGUGUUUGGCGUGCGCCCGAAAUAUCAUUGUACAGACCCCAGAAGGCGAAACACCUCCGCAUAGCCGUGCCUCCGGGAACUCAGACUACGAUUAUUUGGAUAUGGACAAAAUGAGCAUGUAUAGUGAAACGGACAGCGGCUAUGGAUCAUACACGCCGUGCAUCAAGUCUCCAAAUGGGGUAAGGGUGUUUCCUCCGACUCUGGUGCACCGCCACUGCUCCAUAACUUGUCCUCUCUGUCACCGUAGUGUCUCUCUGGAUGAGCGGGGAUUGAGGGGCUUCCCACGUAACCGGCUACUGGAGGCGAUCGUGUCUCGUUAUCAACAGAACCGCUCUGCCAACGUGAAAUGUCAGCUGUGUGACCGCAACCCUGUCGAUGCCACUGUGAUGUGCGAACAGUGCGACGUGUUUUACUGCACACCUUGCCAGCAGCGAUGCCACCCUUCCCGUGGACCGCUGGCCAAACAUCGAUUAGUGCCACCGACCCAAUCGCCCGCGGCUGGAGGCCAGCAGAUGCCCGCCGGCACCAUACGCAAACAGGGAACAUGUGCAGACCAUGACAUGGAGAACUUUAGCAUGUACUGUGUCAACUGCAAGACUCCAGUGUGUAUGAAGUGUCUUGAGGGUGGCAAUCACGGGAGUCAUGAUGUAAAACCUUUAGCUGCCAUGUGGAAACAGCACAAGGUAAGGAUGAUGGCAGUGGGGAUGGCCUUGGGCACCAUCAUAAUAAGCUGCUCCACAGCAUCACAUCACUGAUGUCAUCAGUGCCAUUUAAAUCACACCAACUGAAUGCAUCAGUGGUAGCCUCUACUUACAGUAAUCAGGCAGCAACACUGUAUAGCCUUAUCACAGAGAAAUAAAAUAAAUGAGCCCACUAGCCUGACUCACCAGUAUCAGGUCACUGUUCUCCAGUUUCAGGCCCAGAUUGUUCCUGCCAACAGCUCUGGGUUUGCUAUUUGAAUUUGUGAAUAGGUCACCAGCGCUGUGUAACAUGCCCCAUGGUUUCCUCAGCUCCCACUACAUGGUGAAGAGGAGUAGGUGGCCAUGACUCAGAGCUGUUCAGUGCUCCUCCUCCUCUCAGGCAUGGAAUGCCUAUAGGCAGACUGAGACUAUGAUAGACAGUAGAGAUGCACAUUGAGCUAUCACACCCAAAUUCACAAAUGAAAUUAAAAGCCAAACUGGGUCACUAAUCUUACAUUUAGUGUGAUUUGGAGAGUCCUGUGGUAUUCUUCCCAUCAAACAGCAUGCCUCCUUCCCACUCACUGAUAAGGGUUGUUAUGAGUUCAGUUCACCUUUAUCACUGUCCCACAAAUGGACCUUGAAAAUCACAUACUGUAAGUGUGAAGCGAUGUUUAUAAGUAAUGAGCCCUAUAAAUACAAGAUGCAGAAGUGCUUAGUUAAUAUAUUUCCUGCCGUUGAGUGAGAUCGAUUACACUCCAGCAUGCCGUCCAUUUUGUGAUGUAUUAUAUGGCCAACAGUCUGUAUUGACAAGAAUGGGAUGGUCAAGUGAGCUCUGCUCAGGUUGGAGGGAGUGUGUGUGUGUGAGAGAGAGAGAGAGAGAGAGAGAGAGAGAGAGAGAGAGAGAGAGAGAGAGAGAGAAGAGAGAGAGAGAGAGAGAGAGAGAGAGAGAGAGAAGAGAGAGGAGAGAGAGAGAGAGAGAGAGAGAGAGAGAGAGAGAGAGAGAGAGAGAGAGAGAGAGAGAGGGCGACAGUAGCUGUUGAUGAAGAGGACAUGAAUGUAUUGGCCUACUAUUAUGGCAAAUUAUCUCUGAGUACUCUUGAAGGUACACUGUCCCUCUUCACUUUAGAUGUUGGGUUGGGUCUACUUUGCAUGCCUCCCCUUGAAUGAUUCCACUGCACCAGGCAGCUAUCCAUGCCACUGUCACUUGGAUGGGAUUUUGUUGUGACACAGGGGACUAAUUCAAAUCUAUUACUCACAUUCCCAUCCACAGCUCCAGAUCCACCCUCAAGCUCUGACAUGCUGUCCUGUCAACUGUCCUCUUCUAGGAGCUGACAGAAAACUCAGUUGAACAAAUACAACAACCAGUCUGUUAGUUAGGGUAGGAGGGCUUGGUGAUUGCAGUGUUAAAAGGAGAGAGAGAGAACGGCUACUCCUCUGAGGAUUGUUUUAUAACCACAGAUGGAUUGUGGCUUGUGGCUCAGAGGCAAUUGUCAUCCUCAAUGCUGCAGAGAUCCAGAGUGCUGUGUGUGUGGACAGUCGGUCUGUGGAGAGCUUAAUCAGCAGCACUGAAAGCCCAAACAAACGUUCACGCACGCAUCCACGCAUGCACACACGCACGCACACACCUCUACCGGACUGCGGCUGUUUCAUUCUUCAAAUCAGACCCACGUCCACUGGGAAUGAGAGAGCAUGUGUACACUAGUGCGAAUAACGAUAAGCCCCCAUUUGUUUUUGCUUGACCUUCAGUAGUCAAUCUUAUAUUCCUCCUUGGGUGAUGCUUUUACAAACAUGAUUUGAAAGUAAUGUCAAGUUAUGUUUAUGUUAUUUACAGUAUGUCAAAUGAAACAAACGGAAAACAAGGGACUGCCUUAGGGUAUCAAUGACAUUUGUCACCCCUUUAACAGUGACACUGUGAGUGAGUGACAAAAAUGCUUGCUAGGAAUACAUCGUGAAUAUGUAUUUACUAGCAGAUAAGCCUCAGAUAAGAGAUUGGAUGGAAAGUCACAGUAGUGAAGUUUCCUAUGGAUGUCCUGUGGGCAGCCAAGCAGAAACACCCAGAUUCAGCAUACAGUAUAUUUAAAGCACCCGCACACACACUACACACUGGUCCCAAACUCUGCACAUGCAUACACUAGGCCAGGGCAUUGCUCACCAGGCUUCAGCAGGCAUGGACAAUUGGUCCCUGCCAAGUCUAGUGAAGGGCAGCUCGCCGACCUGAUGAAAAAUCAAGCUGUCAAAUAGAGUGUUACAACCGACUGGUACUGAGCGAUUAACAGAAAUGUGGGUUAAUUUUUAUGUGGGUAAAACUUUAAAAAAACGUAUUGACCGACAUCAGUGAAUAGACAGAAGAUGAUUAAGAGGAAUAGAGAGAAGUUGCUUCGCGAGCUACUGUAUCUCUACCUGAAAAUACAUGAUUGAUAGUUGGUAUUCAGCAGUCAUAAAAGUAUGCCUUAUUUACUUUGAAGAACUACUAAAAUAGUGACUUUGUCAGACAGCAUAGGCAGCAGCUCUAUAGAGAUGAGAUGAUGACUUGGAAUGAAAUAAUAAAGUCAUCAAAUAAAACAAAUGUUUAAUACACAACAACUGAAAUAUUUUAUUAAAGUAAUGUAAAUAAAUGAUGGUUAAUAAGUGAAAAGCAGUAAUGGGCAGUCACUACCAUCAUGGGACUUGUAUUAAUUGUUUUAUUCUGUGUUGUUACAGCAUUCAUUCCACAUAAUGCAUAGUGCAUUUCAUGUUUAAAACAAUUAUUGAAUCCGAAAUUGAAAAAACGUCAUAAUUUUUUUAGAAUCGAACUGAAACCGAACUGACCUCAAAAAGCAUUAAUCGCUCAACACUACAACUGACUCAGCUCCUUUAGUUUUGUCCUGAAUUCCCAAAUACUGCACAUUAUAAAUGGCCACAAAGAACCUUUCAGGAUAUGAAAGAAACCAUGAUUCCUCUCUGUUCAAUUCCACAUUUUGUUAAAUGGGUUUGUGAUCCUGUCAUUAAGAGAGAGGAUGACAUAUUGGGAAGGCCUACAUUUUGACUACAUCAACCUAUUUAUGGACCAAUGUACAGUAUGUACAUCAGAGUCAUGGAUAGAAUCCAAUCAACGCAUGUGUAAAGUACUAUUGGAUAAUGGAGGAUGGGGAUACAUUCCAGUGCCGUUAUGUGGAUAAGAAUAGAUGUAGGUCUCUGUGGUUUUGGCCAUUGAAAGAGAUGAAUAUAGGAGAGGAUGCCCCCAGCUUGUACAGUACAGUACAGGAAGUGGUUAGCUCAGUUAGAGCACAGAGUCUGGCCGGGUCAGCUGGCUGACUGGCUAGCCUAGAUACAGAUGGUACUGUAGCAUUGUAGCAGAUGACAGGUUGUUCUGCUACCUCAGGCAUACAGAGCCUCUCUCCCAGACCCUGCAAUGGCGUUGGCUCCAGAAUGUAGGUUAAUGUACCGUGCAGUAUCUCCCAUCCCAUUGAAUAUGUGUGCUGUGCCAUAUUCUAGCUGCCUAGUACCUAGUAGACUAGACUUGGUCCAUGUUGUGUUGAAUAAGCGUUUGGUGAUGGGAGAGCCAGGCAUAAAGGAUGAGUAUACUAUAUGUGUGCAACUACUGUAACCGAAGGCAUAGGAACAGGAUAAUAUUUUUGAGCUAUUUUUAGAGGCAAGAAUGAGUGCUUGGGCAAGACCUUUGUGUAGUGCUGUGUGCACAUACUUCAAGGGUUACCAUGGAUACAUGGAGGCAAGUUACCAGACUUUUUGCUCAAAAUGAGGCCUAAUGGAUAAAAUUACUCUACCUUUUGAAAUAUAUGUAACACGCUUUACAAUAUGUGAUAUCGCAAAUAGAUGUUAUAAUUUGCAAUUAUCAAUGAUUGUAACUGUCACUUAGUAUGAAAAAAAUAAAAUAAUGAAUUAUUCCUUGCAAAUGUAAUUUGUACUGGUUUUAAUAUCAUGAAAUGUGUCCAUAUUCUGCAUAUUCAUACAUACAAUAUAUUAAUGUAGCAAAUCCUAUAAAUAUUUGAUCAAUUGUUAAGGCAAUCUGAAUUUUAUUACAUGUUCAAUUGAAUCAUCCUCUGGAGAUUUUCCUAUACUGGUAAAUAUUGGGUGUGCUCUGAUUUCAUGGUUUAUUUGGGUUGUUCCUAAUUUGCCUGGCAGCGUGUGCAUUCUCUCUGAUGCCAUGCUUCAAACGAAACAAGGGCCUUGGUGUAGCGGGGCUGUGCUGUGCUGGGCUGUGUUGGGGCUGUGAUGGCUGUUGUGGACAUGUUGUAAAAUAUCAGUGGUGGAGCAGUGUGCCACACAGCCAGAGGAUUUGUGUGAGGCUGAGCAGGGGAGGGAGAUUGGUUCUGCUCUCAUCCAGAUGUGGAGAGCUAAUGACACAGCUGCUGAGUGAGGGAGGAGAUGGAGGAAAAAGAGGGGAAAGAGGUGGAGGCGGUGGGACUUCCUGAAUCUGACCCAGUCCUCCUGGCGUGUCCCUAAGGACCCAUUUGGAAUCAAGGUCAACACCGCAGAGCGACACUGCAGCUUUGUAUUGUCUUACUCCGAUCCCCAAACACUGGGCUAGAAAUUCAUAACACAGCUCCUCCCCUACUGAAAGCCUCUGCUCUUGAAUGUCAUGCACAUUACUUAAGUGCUCUCUCUCUGAUGACAUUACUGGGGCUCUUUAUUGCAUCAGAUAAUAAGAUAACAGCACUUGUCCCUUGUAGAGGAAGAAUGCUGCUGACAGGAAAAAGGAUGUCUCUUCCUUUUUUUCUGGAGGAAAUACAUUUACAAUAAAGGGUACAUUUUAAAAUGAGUAAUUUAAAUCCUCUUUAACGAGUAAUAGAGCCUCACCUUUCAUCUUAUGACCCAUCCCACUGAGCACACACUGGUUGUUUUCACGUCAUUUUAAUGAAAUUACGUUGCACCAACGUGGAAUAGAUGUUGAAUUAAUGACUGUGCCCAGUGGGAUAUUACUCUAAUUACUUCACAACAGGUUUCUCCUCCUGCUAUAACUGACCUGUCAUCCUUAGUAAUGAGAUCACUGCCAGUUCUGAGCCACACGAGGGCAGCAUCCCGAUCUUAAUUACACUGAAGUUUAAUAUUAGCUCAUAAAAAAUAACUACAUCUUACAAGGGGGGCUCAUGACAAGACUGAUAAAACCUUGAAGAUAUGGGCCCCUUGAUAAUUUUUUCAUAUUGAGCAGUAGCAUCCUUCCUGUCCAUAUUGAAUCAAACUCUCACAUUAUACACUGUCAGGAUAAACGAGCACAACCCAGUGAUAGGACAUUAAUUGGUGAUAUGCUGGAGGUUGUCGAGUGACAGGCUCUCUCCCCAUAGGAGGGCCGCCAGCCCCCUCCCCCUGACCCCUGGAGGUCACCCUGACACAGUGUCACAGAGAGAAAAAGGGCUGAGCCGACAAACACUGGGCUGGUACUGCCCCCAUGUCUUGUAUGGAGUUGUGGCUGGGGCCCUGGUGGAACGAAACCGCACGGGAGUGGAAUCCCUCAUCCCCUUGUUAGCGGCGCGGACAGACAGCUUGCUGGGCCAGAUGGCACAUUAAUGGACCGUGGCGGGCUGGCUUGAUUUGUGUCCCUCCUGAACCGACGCAUGCGGCCCACAGAGGCCCAGCCCCAGAGAAGCCCUGACUGAGCCCAGAGGAAUAGGAGCAGGUGGGAGGAGCGGGAGGGAGGUGAGAGGAGGGAGGUGUGGAUCCGGGCCAGAUUGAUCACAGCAGGGUUGGUGUACACCAUGAUUACCCAUCACUCAUGGUCCAUGAGCCUUAGCUCAGAGCAGAUCUGCUGAAAGAUAGAAAAAAAAUGUCAAAUGAUUAUAGGACUACAAGGUGAGGGUUUGACCUCUAAACGUGGUUUUGAGGCCCUCGUUUGAAUUUGUAAUCUCCUUGAUUACUAUAACCUCAGAGGUCGUUGCUGUGUGGUUGGGCUUGAGUACGGUGUUAAUUAUUUUAAAUAACUGCCCAUACUGUAUAUUUCUGGAACAAUUGGCUUUAAUCAUAACAUGUUAGAGAAGUGACACGGAGAGUGUUUUGAUUUGUUUUGGAUGAAUAAUUGCCAGUUUUUCAUUUACAGUGUCAACUCUCCCAAGCUUUGAAUGGUGUGUCGGAUAAAGCCAAGGAUGCCAAGGAAUUCCUGAUGCAGUUGAAGAACAUGCUUCAGCAGAUACAGGUAACAUUCUCUUUUUGAUUACGUGUCUUGUAAAUCCAAUGGGAAUAUCAACAUGUAUUGAAAUAUCAAUUUAACCUGUAUUCCCCAUAACCUACUUACCUGUGCCUGUCAGCUUUAACAAAUACUAAAAAGAAAGAGGUAUGAUGCUCCAGAUUCAUACAAUGUCACUUCCUGGACUCUUUUUAUUCUGCAACGAACUCAUGGGGAUUAUAGAAGGUAUUUUUGGGUUUAGACUGGCACUACAUCUAAAGCACUUCUUAUCACCUGGCGGGAACAAAAGUAUCUGUUUGCGACCACACUCACAGCUAAAGCAGGAAAGGGCUGCUGUCCACAGGGACUGCCCCAGCCAAUCAUAGCUUUUAUACUCUUACUGCACUGCCAUGUCUUAUCAGUCACAGCAAUGCUGUGUAUUAAGACUCUUAUUCUGGGGUUGAGGGGAUUGUAUUUGAGUAAAAUCCCAGCUCUGCUCAGCUCAGUAGAGUUAGAGUCUCUAACCAUUUUCCUCAUCCUUGAACCGAUUGCAGAGUGUUGCUAGAUUAUAAUUCACUAUCUCAGGCCUCAUCUGCGCUUAGAUAAAUUAUUGAUAUGCAGUGGCAAUGAUGGAAGAUUUAGCAGCAAUCACUGUGGUGUUAUCAUAUGCAGUCCGCUAGUGUCCUUGCCCCUCCGUCCCCUCUGUGUCUGGCCCUAGCACCCUGUACCUUCCUGUACCUCCCUGUUCUGUCAUUGAGCGAUGUGUUGUGUUGUGUCCCUGGCAGGAGAACGGGGUGGAGUUCGAGGCCUGCUUGGUGGCUCAGUGUGAUGCCCUGAUCGAGGCUCUGACGCGGCAGAAAGCCAAGCUCCUCACCAAGGUCACCAAGGAGAGGGAGUACAAGCUCAAGGUGGGUCAGAGGGAUGGACGCUGCAGCGGCUGAUGGAUGGGAACGUCAUGUUGACUGCCCCAGACACUUCUUCCCAAGCUCAGAUUGUACUGUGCACAAUUAGCCUGGGGACAAGGUUAUGUUGACUGUAACAUACAGUUGGUAGAAUUCAGAUAGGCUGACAAACACAGCAGGGCCAUGGUUUAUUGAUAACAAUAAUCACAGUACUCUCUCUGCAUCAAAUAUGUUAACUAUACUUUGCACACUUAACACAUAUGAUCAAUAGAUAAACAUUAUUAAUAAUACAACCCUAAGUAGUGAUAGACUGAAUCUUUUACCUCAGCUGGCAGCUCUUUCUAGACACAAAGGGCAUCCAAGGUUGCACACUUGUCUUGGCCCAGGUCGAGGUGCAUCUGGAAGCAGAUCUCUCUCCUCUCCGCCUCCCUGUCCAGCUGAGGGGUGGGCCUGGGCCUGCAGGCUGGCUGGUGUUAAGUUCUUAGUGGGUCACAUGGAUCCAUGCCCAGGCUCAAUGUGCCGGCUGGGGGUUUGGGGCUCCAGAGGACAGCUGUUGUGUUUAGCAGGGCUGAAGCUGAAGAGCAGCUAGGACUGCUGCAGCAUCACACAGCAGAAAAAAAGCUUUCUUAAUUUCCCUAUGAUAAAGGCUGUCAAACUGAUGUGUCCCUUUCAGAAGAUUACAGUGGGAAAACAAGAGUUUUAUGGAGUUUAGUACAUGACCAUAUGGUAAAGUCAGUAAAGAGCAAUUGUCUGGCUUUUACCAAACUGCUGUCGUGACAGCAUUCGGGAUCAAUUUAAUUUGAUCUCCCACAGUAUGGUGGAGAUAGAUGGUUGGUGAUUAACUUGGAUUUAUUUAGUUUUUUAGGAUCACCAUUAGCCAAUGUCAAUGGCGACAACUAGUCUUAUUGGGGUCCGACACAAAACGAAAAAUACAUUACAGACAAAAUACUUUACAAUUUACAUACAUUUAAAAACAUGAACAUGUAGUGUGCGUGUGUGUAUCUAUCAGUUACACAUACACUACCGUUCAAAAGUUUGGGGUCACUUAGAAAUGUCCUUGUUUUCGAAAGAAAAGCUAUUUUUUUGUCCAUUAAAAUAACACCAAAUUGAUCAGAAAUACAGUGUAGACAUUGUUCAUGUUGUAAAUGGCUAUUGUAGCUGGAAACUGCUGAUUUUUAAUGGAAUAUCUACAUAGGCGUACAGAGGCCCAUUAUCAGCAACCAUCAGUCCUGUGUUCCAAUGGCAUGUUGUAUUUACUAAUCCAAAUUUAUCAUUUUAAAAGGCUAAUUGAACAUUAGAAAACCCUUUUGCAAUUAUGUUAGCACAGCUGAAAACGGUUGUGCUGUUUAAAAAAGCAAUAAAACUGGCCUUCUUGAGACUAGUUGAGUAUCUGGAGCAUCAGCAAUUGUGGGUUCGAUUACAGGCUCAAAAUGGCCAGAAUCAAAGAACUUUCUUCUGAAACUCGUCAGUCUGUUCUUGUUCUGAGAAAUGAAGGCUAUUCCAUGCGAGAAACUACCAAGAAACUGAUGAUCUCGUACAACGCUGUGUACUACAGCUGUUUUUAUCAUCAAAUCCACUAAUAUGUGCUUUUUUAAAUAAUGUAAUCCCAACAGGAAGGCAUUUGUUUCCUCUUGUUCAAUAGUCUGAAAUGUUUGUGGCAGUGUGUGCCGGUGAAGGUCAGUUUCUACUCUAAUUCAUUUAUUCCGAGCCAUUAAUCUGUCAGCAGUAUUUUUUAUCAGUGGUCUCUUUCGCCACACUACACAUUCCCAGCGAGAGAGUAAUUUCAUGUGACUCGUGACAGUCUAGUCCAGGCAUAAUCCAUAGACCGCUGGAUUGGCAUUGUUUUAAUGUUGCAUGAUGUGAGGAUUAAAUAUUCAAUUCAAUCUGAGUUAUAUAUAAUUGGAUUUACCUAAUGCAUAUUAAUUAUGAUUUGAUAGACAUGACUGUUCCAGACUGUCCUCUGGUCUGUUUAUAUUUGUUGUUAUUUUAUUCUGUCUGCCCUUCAGGAAUGCUAAUUUUAUGCUUACUACAUUUUUCAUAUUUUUCAUGGAUUUAUUUCAAUAAUGAAACCGGUUGACAGGUGAAUAAUUUAUGAACAUUUAAUUAAUGAUAGGCUAAUGGCCUGAAUGUGUCAGUGGCUUAAUCUAAUUAUUUAUUAGAUUCGUUUUUAAUUCUAAGGCUUAAUUUGAUAAUAGAGUGAUUAAAUAAUUUUAAUCAACCUUUUCAGACCUUUUCAUUUAUAAUCUUACGAACACAAAAAUUAAUAAUUUUUCACAAAAACGCAUACUUUUCCACAAAAAUGCAAAGAUAAGUUAAACACAUGAGCAAUAUAAGUUGUCUACCCAAACAAAGGCUCAUAAAAUGUUGACAGUCCACUGAAUUUUAAUUAGCUGUGAAUGAAUGGCUUUGACACCGGCCCAAAUCCCUUUUCCCCAGUGCUUUGUGUUUAGCCAAAAGGAAGAACGUGUGUGUGUGUGUGUGUGUGUGUGUGUGUAUGGGUAUGUGUGUGUACACGUGUGUGUGCAUGUGUGUGUGUGUCUGUGUGAGUGUGUGUGUAUGUGUGUGUGAAAUGCCUGCCCAGUAUUAAUAUUACAUUAAAAGGUGCCCGUCUGUAUCCUCCUGGCUUCUCCUGUGUUCAGGUGGUGCGUGACCAGAUCACUCACUGCACUAUUAAGCUGCGUCAGACCACGGGCAUGAUGGAGUACUGUCUGGAGGUGAUCAAAGAGAACGACCCCAGUGGCUUCCUGCAGGUACAGUAGUGAUGUAUGGAUGAAUGGGGCUGGAGCUCUGCUAGUAGAAGGCUGUGGAUGAGGCUAGCCUGCCUGCCUGCCUCUCUGGCAGUGGAGACUUCCCUCACAUUCCCCUCAGCUGUCCCUGUCUCCUACUGCUAAAUGCUAAGGCCAAUAACUACCUUUCCUAAAACGGGUUCAAAACAAAUCAUUUAAAGAUCAUCAGAAAACUCUAUCCAUAAAAAUUCUUAACAUCAAGACCUUUGAAAGAACCGCUUAUAUAUUUUACUAUACUGAUAAAUAUUGAUUCAGAGUGCAUAUGAUAAGCUUGUAGCAAGAUGUUGAUUAAAAUGUGUUGUUGGCUAAAUGUGGAUGAAGAUAUUGAUACUUAAUAGGUAAUAAAUAGGUCAUCCCAAACCAAUACUUGUUGACUUGCACUGAUAAAGGUUAACCUGAUAAUGGUUAACAUUGGUAUAUGACACCCUCAUCGAGUUAAACGUUGACUUGUCAUAUUUAGUUCCCCUCACCAUUAGCUGGAAGCCAUUGAUUCUCCUGGUCUUUUUAAAGGAACGGUCUGAAUAAGACGAAAUAGAGAUGAAAGACUCUCUUCUGUAAAUUGGUGCUUCCCUCCCCCCUUGAAAUGUUUAUGAUGUAUUGAUUGUACAGUUUCUUAUACCCCCUGAACAAAAUCUGUGCUCUGUAUGAUAAAAGCUUGUAUAAAUCCUUACAAAAGCUGUUAACCUACAUGGCUGGCUAUUCCUAAAUGCAGUACAUUUCCAGCUGGCAUUUUUCCAGAAGCACAAAGCCUCAGAGAAACCAUAAAAAGUCAAUUAAAACCAUAUUGCACUUUGUAAUAGUAUAUUACGCUGUAGCUGAACCUUUUAGAGGAGCUGGUUUGAAGCUGUUCUCUCCUGUUGUGUGUUUCUGUGUAGAUCUCAGAUGCGCUGAUCAAACGUGUGACGUCGUCUCAGGACCAGUGGGUCAAAGGGGCUCUGGAGCCAAAGGUGGGCCCUGAGUUUGACCUGACCCUGAACACCGACCCCCUGCUGCAGAACAUACUACAGCUGGACUUUGUCCAGAGCAAAGGUAACCAAUAUAUGUUAACUUUUUAUCCAAUUUCUAAGUCAUAUUCAUAUACUUGCAUCUGUUUGUGUAGUGUGAGUCUAUUCGUACACAUUUUCAUAGAGUAUAUUGUUACAUUGUUAGAUAGUCUUGCAGUGGACUCAUCUUUCAAGUGUGCCUGUAAUGUAUUUUUGUAUGGCUGUUCAUCAGUUAAGUAGACACUCUUGUCUCUUGUGAUAUGCAUCACCUGUACUCAUUCUGUGCUUUAUAGCUUGGUGAAUAGGUAGAAAGGCUUUAGCAAAACUGACCAGAAAGGUCUCCAUGUUUCACACUCCAAAUACUUAGUUGAUGUGAUAUUCUGAGUAUCCGAUGUCCACAGCAAUUUUUUACAUUUACAUUUUAGUCAUUUAGCAGACGCUCUUAUCCAGAGCAACUUACAGUUAGUGCAUACAUUUUUUUUUUUUCAUACCCCCAGUGGGAAUCGAACCCACAACGCUGGCGUUGCAAACGCCAUGCUCUAUCAACUGAGCUACAUCCCUGCCGGCCAUUCCCUCCCCUACCCUGGACGACGCUGGGCCAAUUGCGCGCCGCCCCAUGGGUCUCCCGGUUGCGGCCGGCUACGACAGAGCCUGGAUUCAUUAGUCUAUUUAAAUAUUGUGCUUGAGUAAACCUGAGGAAGAUUUAUAGUGUACAGUAUAUCCCCUGGCAAUGUCCUAGAAUACCAGGAUAUAUUUUUCAUAUAAACAAAGAUGUAUUUCAAUUCGCUCCAACGCUUUUCCAUAUCUGUCUACUGAAGCAGACAAGAUUUUCCAAUACACAGUUACCAAUUUAGUCUGUUCCAAAUACAACGUCAUACAAAACCAAAUGUGAUUUGAAACCAUGGGAAAAUGACCCAGCAUUCUCCUGAGAAAGCACAGUAGUUGAUCAGCUCCAUUAUGUUGCAAACUAAGUCAAGCACCAGACAUCAACCCAUGUCCAAUAUCAUGUUUCAGAUAUUCAGGAGACUCCAUUAUUGAAACAAAUGCAUGCAGGUGGAUUGAAAGAGACGGAGAGCGCAGGAGGUAUUUCCGAGUUGCUAUAUGAUCAUCCAAAUCCACGUUUUUCCCUUUCCGUCCUUUAGCCCUGCCAGCUCACAACAGCCCACCACGUUAAGGUGGAUAGAGUGGUUCCGACCGUGCUGUCCUCCCAUGCAUGUUUUACAACACUCUUCCCUUUUAAUAUUCUCACCUGGCUGACAACAACAACUAUCAAACACUACCUAUCCAUGCAGAGAUAGAUUAGAUAGUUAACUCCUCUUUGGUGUUCCUGCCAUCCAUUUCUAUUCCAGUGGAGUCUGCCACGGUGCCCCCGGCCCCCCUGCUGCAGCUGGAGAAGUGCUGCACCCGCAACAACAGUUCCACCCUGGCCUGGAGGGUCACUGUGCCACCUAGUAAUCCCAUCGAAGGCUACAUCCUGGAGCUGGACGACGGCAAUGGAGGGCAAUACAGGGUCAGAUAAUCCUUCACUUCACACAUUAGAGAAAGUGUAUGUCAUCAUGUUGGACACUCCAUGUAGUCUGUCACUAGGAUGGAGCACUUCACUCUCUGGUGUUUUAACAGUAGAUUAAGUCAAAGAAUGUAAACGUUUGAUGCUCAUUAUGCAAUGAAAGGUUUGUAUGAGAUGUAUUUUAUUUAGCCAGGCUCAUUUCAAUAUGCGUAAUACAGUUCCAAUGUAAUUCUAUGUGGAGUAGGUGUCACACCCGUUUCCUAUAGAUAACAGUUGUCGCCUCUACUGCAUAUUUUAUUAUUCAUAGUGCACAUGCUGCAGUCAGAGCUCUAACUAACGCCAGAUGGUCCUGUGCUGUACUGUAUGUCUCUGUGUCCCAGGAGGUGUAUGUAGGGAAGGAGACAGUGUGCACCGUGGACGGCCUCCACUUCAACAGCUCCUACAAUGCCAGAGUCAAGGCCUACAACUCCACCGGGGUGGGGCCCUAUAGCAAGACUGUGGUGCUGAAGACAUCUGAUGGUGGGUGUUCUGUAUUCUCUCACUUUGUGUUGACCUAACUGUAGACAUGAAAGGGAAGGAAGGGAAGACCCCCCCCGCCCCCCCAACUGGGGACCAGGGGACACCAGGCUUAAUUCGUGCCCAGGGUACAGUAUGAUACUCUGUAUUCACUGCUGCUGAGCCGAGCUAGUCCUCUGGGACAUCCAGGCCUGCUGUUUAUCGACAGAGCCUCGCCCUCCCAUCAACGCUCGUGUCCUUAACGACGGAGUUCUAAUCCACAGCAAUGGCAUCCCAGAUUCCGCUUUAAUAUAAGGCGACUGGUGCAAUCUGUCACUGUCCUGGCUGGGUGCGGUGGUACUAGCCAGCUCCGGGUCCCCAGAAACCUCCUGGUUUAGAGCAGUUAACACCAGGCUGCGCCAUGCCAGAGCCAGAGCUGAAGGAGCUCCACUAAAGAGGUGUCCAGUCCUGAUAUAGUGCUGACAGACAGUGGAAGUGGUCUCGCAGUUUAGCAAAGCAUCACAGCUAGCGCGUGCCAGACUGUGAUUACUCUAGCCUGCCAGCUUUCAGCGCAUUGCUGUGCUCUCCCUGUCCAUCCCUCCACUCCCCAUCCCAGUAAUGGGAGGACAGAGAGAGGGAGGAGAGGGAGAGAGAAUAGGCUGUUGAUGCCAUUGAUUGAGUUUAAGGCUGGGAUGGGGAGUGGCGGGAUGGACAGUGAGAGCACGGCAAUGCGCUGACAGCUGACAGAGAGUUUAGACUGAGCAGAGUACAGGCGGCUCCAGCUCUGGCUCUGCCAGCUGCAAUAACAAUGGAUAUCUGCAUGUGGAGGCCUUAGCAAGUGCCUGUCGUGUGCCAGAUAACUGUUUAUUCUAACAUAGCAGUGCCUGUCUGAGGAAUGGGGCUAAUUGAAGCAAUACACUGCAAUGAUUUGACACAGCAGUGCCUUAUGGGCAAAGUACUGCUGAAUGAAAAUGAAUCCAGUGCUUGACUUUUAAAUGAGAAGUAGAAUGUUUCAUUGGGGUGCUUUGUGAAUAUUUCAUGUGUCAUCUCACAGGAUGCAGCCCAGCAUGUGGUACUAGCUGACCAUGCUGUUCCUUAAUAGCAUCAUGUUUCAUGCUCUCAUGGGGCUCCAUCCUCCACUGAGGUUCACUCAGACAGCCAUGGCCUAGAGACCUGGAAAUGCUCUUAUUUCUCUCUGACUCAUCCUACUACUCUACUUUGUCUCUCCUGCAGUGGCCUGGUUCACCUUCGACCCCACCUCGGCUCACAGGGACAUCGUGUUGACCAAUGAGAACCAGACGGUGAGCUGCAACAGCUAUGAUGACCGUGUGGUCCUGGGGACAGCCGCCUUCUCAAAGGGGGUCCAUUACUGGGAGCUCAGGGUGGAUCGCUAUGACAACCACCCAGACCCGGCGUUCGGGGUGGCGAGGAUCAACACGAUGAAGGACAUGAUGCUGGGGAAGGAUGAUAAGGCCUGGGCCAUGUACGUGGACAACAACCGCAGCUGGUUCAUGCACAACAACUCCCACACCAACAGGUAGGUGACACAUCUCUGGGGUGGAAGGCUGACUCCUGCUCCUCCACAGCUUCAGAGUUUAGAAAUAACCAUCAUGUGCUUUGUGUGUCAUACUGUCAGGAAUAACACAAGUACGCACUUACAAUACUUGGCAGGCAGUUAGUUGGAAAUGGAAGAGAUUAUUCUCAGGGCAGUGCUCUUAUCUUUAGUGAAUAUCCAUUUUGAUGUAAUUUUACACCGAGUAACAUAGAGUACUAUUAUACAUAGAUUCAAAGACGAAGAGGCCACAGGCUUAGCAAUCUACAGUAGCCCCAGGGACAUGAAUAUACAGAGCAGAAUCCUCCUUCCUCGUUAAAGCAAUAAUACAGUAGUAGUUACUAUUUUCAGUAGCUGAUUAAAAAGUUUCCCUGUUUUUGUCUUACAUAGCACAUCAUCUUUUUGUUUCUUCACCCUCAUUAUUUAUCUUCCUGUCAGCUGUUAGGUUGGAGCCUAUCAACCACAAUGACUCACUCAUUUCACUCAUUAAAGUGCCAGCAAUACAUGUACUGUAUGUCAGGUAAUCAUCAAAGGCUGAUCGUGCUGCAAUCCUGCUCAUUUGUUUCUUUAGCCUAACCUUUCUCUGCAACCCCCUGUAGAGCCCAGUAGCUUUGUGACAUAGCUGUUUGACUGGGGGCAUACUUUCACACUACCACCAUUUUGUUGUUUGAGCUGCUCACUCUCAAAAACAAAAACACUGCUGGCUUUUGGGGUUUCCAAUGAGUUGACUGGUUUGAGUGUAACUAUUUACUUACAGCUUUGCACUGCAAAAGUAUUUAAGCUGUUUGGAUAUAGAUGCAUUUAUUUACUUAGUGCCAAAUGUUUUUUCCUUUAUUCAAUUGGAAUGGAGAAAAGCUAUACACCCUGAAGGAGAAGCUUGGGACUGUUUUCAUACAUUUGUUGAACUACAAGUAUUCCAAAUAUAUUAGGGAUUUACUGGACAUCAAUUCACACAUAGCCUACAUACAAACACGAAAGAUUUAGCAAUUAGGUCAAAUCUAAUGUCUUGAAUAGAGAAAACGAUUAAGCGCUCAAAGCCAUUUGCUCCAAACUGUAUUUGGACUCAUUGGGAUCCCUCUACCCAUCAGAGAUCCCAGACCACUCUCAAAGGGCCUGUGUGAUCUGUUUUAAUAUGGUACAUUAGGCCUAGAUUCUGUGUGUGUGUGUUCUGCAGGGCCGAGGGGGGCAUCUCCAAGGGUGCCACUGUGGGCAUCCUGCUGGACCUGAACAAGCACACUCUAACGUUCUUCAUCAACAAAGAGCAGCAUGGCCCUGUGGCCUUCGAGAACCUGGAGGGAGUCUUCAUGCCUGCCGUCAGCAUCAACAGGAAUGUCCAGGUGAGCACUGACAGUCAGACAGAGCUGCUUAGAUUUCAGAAAUUCAUUCAGAUUGUUUUGUCUCGAAAUUCAAGGAUUAUAGGCUUAAUUUAGAAAUGAAAUUAAUCUCCAGAUUAAGGAUAUGCUAAACUGCGUAGGCUGUGCACAUAUAUUUUUUUCAAUUCUUCCUUACCAGCAAAUAUACAUUAUGUUGAGUUAAUGAGCUCUGUGGUUCAAAUCCUGGACCUUGAGUCAGCAUCUUAAUCUGUCAUGAUCUCAUUUGGCAAUGUUUGUCCUUCGCAGGUCACCCUACUAACAGGAAUGGAGGUGCCAAAGAAUAUUAAGCAGCAGUAA